UGUCCGACUCCUUUGUCAGCAUCGAAGUUAAGCUGUGAAUUAUUAAUUGUCACACAAGUGAAAUAGACACCGUCGGCUGUCGGGACGUCAUUAUCGAUGGAUACCUUUGAAACAGCUCCACGCGACCAAUAAUUCGCAUGGGCCGGUAGCUGUAAUGUUAUAGCCCUGUCAAGUGUCAUAUAUGUCGAUUGAUCGAAGCCCCUUCAUUCAGAUCACCGUGAGGUUUUGUAUAUGAACAUGAGAGACGGAAUGAUUCUGGUUGUUCUGUUGCUGGCCCUGACUGCAAUGGAAGUGCUUGUACAAGGCAAUUCAACUCAGUCAAAUAUGACUCUGACCUCUACACAAACUCCUACAACUCAGAUUCCUACCACUGCCUAUACAGAUGAUGGCUCGACGGUUAUUACAACAGAAUAUACAUCAAUAUACACAGUGACUGAGGUUUAUACAUCGUAUACAGAAAACCUUUCAACUGAAGAUCCGACAACGGACGUCCCGACAGCUGAACAGCCGGCAACGGACUCUCCCACAACUGAAGAUCCGACAACGGACUAUCCUACAACUGAACAGCCGACAACGGACUAUCCAACAACUGAACAGCCAACAACAGACAAUCCCACAACUGGACAGCCGACAACGGACUAUCCCUCAACCGAACAGCCUACAACGGCCUCUCCUACAACUGAACAACCGACAACGGCCUCUCCUACAACUGAACAGCCGACAACGGCCUCUCCUUCAACUGAACAGCCAACAACAGACAAUCCCACAACUGGACAGCCGACAACGGACUAUCCCUCAACCGAACAGCCUACAACGGCCUCUCCUACAACUGAACAACCGACAACGGCCUCUCCUACAACUGAACAGCCGACAACGGACUAUCCUACAACUGAACAACCGACAACGGCCUAUCCUACAACUGAACAGCCGACAACGGACUAUCCUACAACUGAACAACCGACAACGGCCUCUCCUUCAACUGAACAGCCGACAACGGCCUCUCCUACAACUGAGCUGCCAACAACAGACUAUCCUACAACUGAACAGCCAACAACGGACUAUCCCACAACUGAACAGCCGACAACGGCCUAUCCUACAACUGAACAGCCUACAACGGACUAUCCUACAACUCAACAGCCGACAACAGACUAUCCUACAACAGAACAACCGACAACGGCCUCUCCUACAACUGAACAGCCGACAACGGACUAUCCCACAACUGAACAGCCGACAACGGCCUCUCCUACAACUGAACAGCCGACAACGGACUAUCCUACAACUGAACAACCGACAACGGCCUCUCCUACAACUGAACAGCCAACAACGGACUAUCCCACAACCGAACAGCCUACAACGGCCUCUCCUACAACUGAACAGCCGACAACGGACUAUCCCACAACUGAACAGCCGACAACGGCCUAUCCCACAACUGAACAGCCGACAACGGACUAUCCCACAACUGAACAGCCGACAACGGACUUUCCCACAACUGAACAGCCGACAACGGCCUCUCCUACAACUGAACAGCCGACAACGGACUAUCCUACAACUCAACAGCCGACAACAGACUAUCCUACAACUGAACAACCGACAACGGCCUCUCCUACAACUGAACAGCCGACAACGGACUAUCCCACAACUGAACAGCCGACAACGGACUAUCCUACAACUGAACAGCCGACAACGGUCUCUCCUACAACUGAACAGCCGACAACAUCUACUCCAGCAACAUCCACCAUUGAUUACCCGUGUCAAAUCUCCCCGUGUCAAAAUAACGGUAUAUGCAUACCAGGUUUCCCGGGCUACACGUGCAUCUGUACGUCACGGUUUAAUGGACUCAACUGUCAAGAGUUCGUAAGUCAGCAAAACGCCAAAGCCAUUAAUCCUUCUGCGUCCAAUUCCUUCCUGAAGACUGAGGCUGUGUUGCAGGAUGUGAAGACCGACAUUGAUAGUGCCACCAGUAUCGAUGCAUUGAACCGAACUUCAGAUGUCAUCAACCUCCUUGUGGAGAAGGCAGCAGAAGCCGAAUGGACGGACACACAGCUAAAGACGGCCGGUGAAGAUGUUUUGAAGAACUCGAACGCCCUCUUAUCAUCUCUUAAGACGCAGACAGCUAGUCUAUCAUCUGCUCCGGGGUACGGAAAUAGCCCUGCUGAACCGGAGCUUCUACCCGAGAAAGAAGCAGUACUGGAGAAGGUAGCCCAGAGCGUCGUCGUCCUUGGCAGCGUUGUUCUGAAGGACAAGGAUGAUGGGAGGUUUGACCUCAACACCGACACCGUCAACGUGUCCUAUACAAAAGCAUCAGCGGAAGAGUUGACAAAGGAGGAUGAAGACGAUGAGAUUCAGCUUCCUGAAAGUCUGGUGGACAUUGUAGGAAACAAUGAGCUCGUCCUAACGAAAAUGAAACUCGACAAAGACCUAUACGAUCAUUCGACGGAGCAGAUAUCAGUGUCAGGUCCAGUCGUUCGCAUUGCCUUGACAACAAAAGAUGGUAGCCCGGUUCAACGUGUGGACCCUGAUGGACCAAUCACAUUGUCCAUAGAUGCGGAGUCCAGUGGUCCUUUUAAUCAGAUGGAGCUUCACCAAGACGGAUCCACAUUGGCAGCAGUACAGCGUGUUCCGCUAGAUGGACAAGCACCAGUGAUCAUUGUUGAGUUUGAACUACCUUCAGAUAUGAAUGUGGUGCUCAGAGGACGGUUUGGGGAACUACCAAGGACGUAUGAGAGGCACUUUGAAGCGAUUGCCAGCGAUGGAGUGACGGAGAUUCUAAAGCACAAACAUGUCAACUUUCAACUCUACGACGGAGAACUGGUUUUGUUUAUAAAGGAUCCAGCCUCCCUUCCCAGCGCCGUUUACCUUGUGUUGCACUAUGGCGAACGCAGUAACAGCAGAAAACGUCGCUCGGCCUCAAGGCCCAAAAUGCGAACGAGAUCGCUGACACCAAAAGUAUGGAACACACAAAAGAUUGCAUGGGAAGAUAACUCUAACGUUCUGGUUACUGGUUUAGCUAAAACUGGGAAAGUCAAGUUUACGUCAAACUUUUUCGGGACGUUCGCUCUUAAUGAAGUUGUCAUAGCUCCGACCCCCAUCGACUUCAACCGGCUCUUCCUGGACAUGGAGACCUACAUCCGAGACAGCCCAUAUGUUCUUGCAGUCAACUGUUUCCUCGUUGCCAUGACAAUAAUGGUAGCUAUCUUCCUCCGAAGAAUUGACGAAACUGACAAGGAACUGUGGCGUUAUCUCCACCUGCUUGACAACGUCAACGGCGCCACCUACUGCUACAGUCUAAGUGUACACACGUCACUCAGAUCGCCACGCCACUUGACGUCGACGCCAUGUUUCAUCCUCCAUGGCAAAGAUGGCAAAACGAAAUCCAGAAUACUGACAGAUGGACAACGAAAGAACUUCUUGCCGGGAACAGUGUCAAACUUCUACAUGACGACGGAAAGCAGACUUGGUGCACUGACGCACCUCAAGGUGUGGCAUGACGACAAAGGUGACGUAACCAAGUGGCACAUCGACAGGAUUGUCGUCAUAGAUCUGCAGACAAACGACAGGUACAUAUUCAUAUGUCACAAAUGGCUUGCCCUUGAUGAGGAUGACGGCAGAAUCUGUCGAACGUUUGAAGCAUUCUCGCCAGACGGUCAAGAAAUAGCCAUGUUUGACAUCGUCUCGAAGCAGAAGCUUUUUGACGAUCAUCUAUGGCUAUCUGUCAUUAAACGGCCGAUGUUUAGCCGCUUCACUCGAGUCCAAAGAUUCCUCUGUGCAGUUGCAAUGCUGUUCCUAGGCAUGGUGACCAGCGCUAUGUGGUAUGAAGACUACGACAGCGGUACCCAGAAAAGCAGAGGCAUAGAAAUAGGCCCUGUUAGACUGAACUACAGACAAAUUUAUGUUGGAGUGGCAUCUGCAGUGAUAAUUGUCAUCCCGGGAGUUCUGAUGACCUGGGCCUUCAGGAGAAGAGGGUUGAAGGGAGAGAUGGUGGAGGAAGAGAGCAACGGAAGAGGAAGAGGAUGCCGAUGUAUUGGGUACAUCACUGGAAAGCUGCUCCUUCCCUGGUGGUUCAUAUUUGUUGGCUAUAUGGUGGUGGUGGUAUCUAUCGGAGCCAGUGCCUUCUUCACCUUUUUGUACAGCUUGGAAUGGGGAGGUGCUACGUCUAUCAACUGGCUCAUGUCACUUGUAUUUUGUACAACCGGAAGUACCGUGCUUAUAGAACCGAUCAAGAUACUGAUCUUGUCCGUCGCCUUCUCCACCGUGUUCAGGAGGACAGUCCAGGAGGACAUGGGGAACGUCGCCCCCGUGAAGAACGUCAACACCAGGGGGGUCAUGUCUUUAGUACGCACGAGCCUGCAUCAUCAAUCAGCGAUCACAGAGCCGCCCGAUGAAGACACGGAAGAGAUAAAGAAGCGCCGGGAACAGCUGGUUCUGAAACACAGGCUGUUCUUGGUCAGCAAGAGUCUCGGGGCCAAGCUGGCUUUUAUAUUCGUCCUUGCCCUCAUCUGUUUUCACGGCAAUGUCAGGGAAUCCUACCUCCUCAACACCUUGGUGAAAACAUACGCGAAUAAGACUUUCCUCUCAGGGAGCGUCAACAAAGUAUCCGGUGUUUGGGCCUGGUUUGACCACGAUUUCAUACCGUCACUGCUACCUAGACACCAGUUUAAUGGCGAUCUUAUGUCCGUUUAUGAUCAGAGAUUUGCUGUGGAUGGUGUCAACUAUCGGCUUGGAGCGAUCAGCUUGCGGCAGUACAGAGUCAGAGGUCCCUGUCAGCACCUUGCGAUUACGAAGUGGUACAGUGUACAUCUACAAUGCCUGCCCGAAUACACUUCCCAAACAGCUGAGACUGGGAUAUUCAAGGAAGAAUGGCAGAGGUGCAACGCCACCGACAGCUGUACGGAGAAACCUUUCCUGCUGACCAAAAACACAGGUGGUACUGGAGUUGUCGUUGAAGGAACGUUUGGUUACUAUGGAGAUGGCAGCUACAUCGAAAGCUGGAAUCAAGAUCGAAGACACGCAUCAAGCAGGAAGAUAUUCUUGGAAAGAGAGAAAUGGUUAGAUUCGCAAACACGUGCUCUGAUAGUGGAAGCUUCCCUGUACAACCCAAACGUCCGUCUGUUUACCCGGCUUCAGGUGUUGUUUGAGUUUUCAACACUUGGUGACGUACAAUUCGCCAUUGAUGCCAAGACAGCAAGACUCUAUCCAUACGUGAACGUCUGGGACUAUUUGAUCCUUCUGUUACAAGUCAUUUUUGCCUUGACUGUGCUAAUCCGAAUGUGCAAGUUCUGUCAUUCAGCGUGCUGUUCCAGAGAACGAAUGUUAAGUUUAGGCACGUGUGUGUUUGUUUUUGAAAUGUUACUGUCAGCGUGUGGAAUGAUUGUGUAUGGAGUGAAGAUUGACCGGACUAUUUUCGUCGUGGAGGAAAUUCACAACAACCCAGAAAAUUACAUAUCGUUUGACUUAGUUCAUCUGUUGGAUGAAAUCUACAGAUCCUGCCUCGGACUGGUCUUGUUCAUACGGAUACUGUUACUUCUGCAGCCUCUGUCUCUCAACUACAACCUAUUCCUCAUGCGGGCGACUCUUCUGUCCUCCAAGAAGGAGCUGUUUGCGUUUUCACUGAUUCUCGCCAUUGUAGUAACAGCAUUUGCAUCCUUCUUCUACCUUCUGGAAGGACCAGUCACGUUUGACAUAAGAACAGUGUACCAUUCCUACAUGGCUCUGGUGGAAUCACUCCUUGGGCUGGUCCGAUCUCGACAGCUGCUGUUUUCCGAGUCGGGGAUUGAGGUUUAUAUCAAACAGACUAUGUUCAUAUGCUUCUCUUUCACGGCCACCAUGAUUCUCAUGAAUAUUGGCGUCAGCAUCCUAAACAUUGAUAUGUCGUCGAUUAAGGGUCAUACGGACUUUAAAGUUGGUCCCGAGUUUGAUCGCGAUUUGAAUGAAUUCCUUUGGAAGGCUGUGGAGGAAAUGUUGAAGAAGUGCUCGCCAAGGGGUCAACAAGGAUUUGAUGCUACCGUCCACCCGUUAUCAAGGCAGUGUGUCGAGGAUGGUAUAUCCAUGGGUGAAAAUACAUACGAGAUCAACAGCAAGCUCGACAAGAUGAUGAUGACGAUUACCAACAGCAAUGAUGCUGACAUACUUCUUGCCCGAUCUAUCGCGAACAGAGCUAUGGUUGAGCUCAACACUGCACAGUCCCGUAUCAGGCAGACGGAAGAGGAAGUGUUUAUCGUCAAACAAGAGCUCAGUCACCUGCAGGACACCGUCCGUAGACUGACCUCUGAAGAGGACAAGACAACGGGUCCAGAGAAGGCCCAAGUGACGCUCAGCGUCGAUGACACGACAGGCAGAGCAUGCAUUAUGUUUAAAAUAACAUCAACGUCCCCCACAACAGCCGAGGAGGUGGAACUAUGUGACGUCACAAACACGGAAACGGGCGCUCUUAUAAUGGGCAUGCGCACUCUCUAUGGGAAAGUCUACAAGUGUCAGUCCUCAAUGGGGCUUGAGAAGCAGCGCGUAAAUCUGCAGUUCCUUAUUGCCAAAGAUCCCCAUCCAUAUGAAGACGCCAUUAUCGCCAUUCGGUCAGAACACUCCAAGAAGUGGAAGUUCAUCAAGACAACAACCACUACUGCACAACCCUGUUUUCAGGAUUCCGGAAAUGGAGGUGAAGGACUCAUGGUUGCUUGUUUAAGCGACACUCUUCCAGAUUACAUUGCAUGUGUCUCGGAGCCGAAAGCUUUCGUUCAGUCCGUUACGCCAUCUGGUGGCGAGUUUUCACUUCCGUUUGAGCCAAGGUCAAGGUUCUUCUAUGAGCGAGGAUGUGUAAAUGCACCCUGUGAUGUGACGAUUAAGCUGAUACCACGGCCUCCAGUCCCGAUUGUUCAGAUCAUCCCCGGGGGGAACCUCAUGUGUCCUGUCAAGGUGGAGACUCCAUUUCUGUCAGACAACUAUGAAUACAAUCCUGAGUCCGCCUGGCUUGUUCUGAGCAGCACUUCCGACAACCAGUGGUGGAAAGCCCCGACACAGAUAGCGGUGGAGCGCUCUAUGGUCAUAUUCCAGGCAUAUGUUGGUCCAGCAGGCAUACGGAUAUCAUUUUGCCCGAAGGUGUCUGAGCUUCAAUGGAUACAACGUGUCCACGGAGGAAAACCGUCAGAACUUAUAAACCAUGACUUCCUGGUUCGACUCUCACAACUGGUUGAUAGGGAUUGGACAGCGCUGGCGUCAUCCCUCGGCUUUUCAUAUGCUCAAAUAACCAAGAUGGCAUCUGACCACGAAGUUAAAACACAGAGCGAAAUGGGUUGCUAUAUGCUGUCAAUGUGGUUUAAACAGAUACCUGUGUCAGCUGACAAGGUCAAAUCUCAAGAGGUUCCCGUCCAACAGGCACACUCCUUGAAGCUGGCAAUCAGGACACUGGGCCGAACAGAUAUAAGUGACUGGUUCGAGGCACGGGAAGUAGCCUACAAAACGGAAAUGGCAGACUCUGUGAGAGGGACUAAAAUGGUGAAAGCAUUCCACACAGCCGUUCGCCACGACGACAUGUGUAGCGCCUGGCGUCGUCUGGCUGUAGUGCUGGCCCUUCCAAAAGAAGAGAUCACUCAAAUCGAUUGUGCAGCCGCAAGAACCAACAGCGAAAAGCUUUUUGUUAUGUUGAUGAAAUGGUUGAAUCUGUACCCUGGUUCAAACUUAAAGACCUUACAGGAGAAGCUUGUGCAAGCAGGAUUUCCCCUGGUGGCCAAAAAAGUGCAAGCUACCCGGUAACCACAAGACAAUUGGAGAUGCCAGUCCAGUAUCAGCUACCCAGUGAAGACGAAAACAAUAUUCAUAUUGAUAACAAAAGACAUUGAUACUUACUGUAAGCUGUGAUAUGUUGGAUGCAUGCGGAUUUGAUCAGGAACGAACCGUUGAAUAUUCUGAAGGUAGAGUUGGUGGAGACUUGGGUAUUUGUCAGAGACAAGCUAUAUUGUCGCUCAAUGCUUCUAACCAUACAUUUUUGUUUGUUUAAACAAAUCGAAAUUAUGUAUUUUUACAACACACGUUUUCAGGAGAGCCAUAUCUUUUUUUGCGAAAAUUUAAGGAAAUAUCGAAAUUAUGUAUUUUCACAACACACGUUUUCAGGAGAGCCAUAUCUUUUUUUGCGAAAAUUUAAGAAAAUAUCAAAUUCGUUUUAAAAAUUGAUAUCACAUGGUCUGUCCCAUAUGCAUCAACUCUUUGUUAUUUCAAAGCAACUUUGGGUACAGAUCGUGGUACCUUUAUCAUGUUUGUUGUUAACGUUGUUACUCCAGCUUCAUCCACUUCAAGAUAUUGUGAUAUAUGCGUUUACUGUUACGGUUGUGUCUUUUACAUUUACAUAUGAGCGUGCAUAUUAUAGUGAGUGAGUGAGUUGGUUUUAACGCCGCUUUUAACAGUAUUCCAGUUAUAUCACGGCGUGUCAGCU